GGGUUACUUUGAGCAGCACGGGCGCCGCUUCACUGCCGUCAUCCCCACCAACGUCUUCGGCCCCCACGACAACUUCAACAUCGAGGAGGGCCACGUCCUGCCAGGCCUCAUCCACAAGGUCUACCUGGCCAAACAGACUGGCUCUGCUCUGACUGUCUGGGGCACGGGCAAGCCAAGGAGACAGUUCAUCUACUCCCUGGACCUGGCCCGGCUCUUCCUGUGGGUCCUUAGGGAGUAUGAGGAGGUGGAGCCCAUCAUCUUGUCAGUGGGGGAGGAAGAUGAAGUCUCCAUCAAAGAGGCAGCAGAGGCCAUCGUGGAGGCCAUGGACUUCAAGGGAGAGCUGCUUUUUGACACCACCAAGGCUGAUGGGCAGUUCAAGAAGACAGCCAGCAACGCCAAGCUCCAGCGCCACCUGCCCACCUUCCAGUUCACACCCUUCAGGCAAGCUGUCCAGGAGACCUGCGACUGGUUCAGCGCCAACUACGCCAGCGCCAGGAAGUGA